AUGAUCCUGGCUUCCCAGUCAUUCUUCUUCACCUGCAUCUGGAUCACUUUGUUGUCACAUGCUUUUGCUGCUGCUGAAAUCAUGAAGCCCCACCAGAGGUACUGCUCUUCAGUGAAACAGACCCGCAAACAAGACACCAAAAUGAGGAAAGACGACAGUACGAAAGUGUGGCCCCUGAAAUAUGAGCAACUUCUCCACAUAGAGGAUCACGAUUUUGCAAUGAGACCUGGAUUUGGAGGGUCUCCAGUGCCAGUGGGUAUAGACGUCCAGAUUGAAAGCAUUGACAGCAUUUCAGAAAUUAACAUGGACUUUACAAUGACUUUUUAUCUCAGGCAUUACUGGUAAGAUGAAAGGCUCUCUUUUCCUAGCCCAACAAAGAAAAGCAUGACCUUUGAUCAUAGAUUGAUCAGAAAGGUUUGGGUACCUGAUAUCUUUUUUGUCCAUUCUAAAAGAUCCUUCACCCAUGAUAUGACCAUGCAGAAUAUCAUGCUGCGUGUACAGCCUGAUGGAAACGUCCUCUUCAGUCUCAGAAUAACUGUUUCAGCCAUGUGCUUUAUGGAUUUCAGCAGAUUUCCUCUUGACACUCAAAAUUGUUCCCUUGAACUGGAAAGCUAUGCCUACAAUGAAGAGGAUCUCAUGCUGUACUGGAAACAUGGAAACAGGUCCUUAAAUACUGAUUAGCAUGUUUCCCUUUCUCAAUUCUCCACUGAGGAGUUCAGUGCAUCCAGUGGAUUUGUCUUCUACAGCAGCACAGCUUGGUACAAUAGACUUUUUAUCAAUUUUGUACUAAGGAGGCAUAUUUUCUUCUUCAUGCUACAAACUUAUUUCCCAGCCGUGUUGAUGGUAAUACUGUCAUGGGUUUCAUUUUGGAUUGACCGAAGAGCUGCUCCCGCAAGAGUUUCCCUCGGAAUCACCAUGUCCACCAUCAUCUCUGGCAUGACCGCCUCCAUGCCCCAGCUGUCCUACAUCACAGCCGUGGAUGUGUACCUGGGGGUCAGCUCCCUCUUGGUGCUCCUGUCAAUCAUUGAGUAUGCAGCCGUGAACUACCUCACCACAGUGGAAGAAGAGAAGCAACUGAGGAAAACAGGGAAGAUUUCUGGAAUCUACAAUAUUCAUGCAGUUCAAGCUAUGGCCUUUGAUGGUUGUUACCAUGACAAUGAGAUUGACAUGAAUCAGACUUCCCUUAAUCUCCACUCAGAAGAGGACUCUAUUCGCGGAAAAUUCACUGGCAGCCCCAGUGCAGAUUCCGCUCAGAUAAAGAGAAGAAAAUCCCGAAGAGGCCACGUUGGUAGAGUCAUUCUGGAGAACAACCAUGUCAUUGACACUUACUCCAGGAUUUUAUUUCCUAUUGUGUAUAUUAUAUUUAAUUUGUUUUACUGGGGUAUGUAUGUGUGA